AUAUGUAUUUGUGUGUGUGUAAAUAUAUAUAUAAAUAAAUAUAUAUCUAUGAAUUUAUACAUAUCACUGUGAACACGGCGUGGCACGAAGAGAUUUCUACCGUCAGGGCUGGUCUCUGAUUGUUUGAUCUGUAUACAAUAUUUUCACUAUUUUUUUUCCCUGAUCUUUACGUCAAGAAGAGGAAGAUUACUUCCCCCCCCUCCCAUUCUCCGGUUUUUUUUUUCCGUCUGCAGUGGAGAGGCUGGAAGAAGGAAAGCAGCGGGACAGAGUCCUGUGAUUUGGUUUAUCGCUGUCCGGCGGUGUCGUUAUUAGGGCUAAUAACAAGCGCGCCGUGCGUGAUCUGAGCCGCCCCUGCCAGCAUGCACAAACACCACCACUGCUGCAAGUGCCCGGAAUGCUACGAGGUGACCCGCAUGGCCGCCCUGCGCCGGAUGGACGCCCCCUCCUACGGCGACUGGCAGCCGGACCCAUACGGAUACCCGGCUGGGUACAGCGGCGGGCAGGCCAUGCCUCCCCCGGCUUCGGGGGGAGGAGGAGGUGGGGGAGGAGGCACCCUCGGGAGAAGUAAGGGCAAGAUGAUGUCCGCUGGGGGUCCCGGGGGCCCCAACCCCAAGGGCCAGUCCAAGGGCGGCCCCAAGGUGAACGGCAACAGUGCGGGCGGGCAAGGAGGAUGGUGGCCGGAGUGCACCUGUUCCAACAGGGACUGGUACGACCAGGCGAACCCUCCCCCCAUCAUCGUCAAUGCAGACUCCUUGGAUGCAGGCCCUUAUGUGAAUGGCAGUGAUGGGAUGUAUAAAUAUGAAGAAAUCAUUUUGGAAAGGGGCAACUCUGGCCUGGGCUUCAGCAUCGCCGGAGGGAUGGACAAUCCGCACAUUCCGGACGACCCCGGAAUCUUCAUCACUAAGAUCAUCCCCGGCGGAGCGGCAGCCAUGGACGGCAGGCUGGGGGUGAACGACUGCGUUCUGCGGGUUAACGAGGUGGACGUGUCAGAGGUAGUCCACAGUAGGGCGGUGGAGGCCCUGAAGGAGGCGGGGCCUGUGGUCAGGCUGCUGGUGCGGAGGAGGCAAGCCCCACCCGAGACCAUCCUGGAGGUCAACCUUCUCAAGGGGCCAAAGGGGCUGGGGUUCAGCAUCGCUGGGGGGAUCGGUAACCAGCACAUCCCCGGAGACAACAGCAUCUACAUCACCAAGAUUAUCGAGGGCGGGGCUGCACAGAAGGACGGGCGUCUGCAGACAGGGGACCGCCUGCUGGCUGUGAACAACAUCAUUCUGCAGGACGUGCGUCACGAGGAGGCGGUGGCGGCCCUGAAGAACACCUCCGACAUGGUGUACCUGAAGGUGGCCAAACCCGGGACCGUGCACCUCAACGACAUGUACGCCCCACCGGACUACUCCAGCAGCCUCGCCCUCCCUCCAGCCUUCCCCACCAUGGUCGAUAACCACGUCAGCCACAACUCAAGCAUGGCCUACAUGGGAGGGGUGGAGCCCAAGUCAGUCUACCCGCCCCCGCAGGUGACGCCCUCCAGGUACUCCCCGAUCCCUCGUCACAUGCUGGGGGAGGACGACUUCACCAGGGCCGAGCCCAUUUACAGUGUCAUCCACAAACCCCUGGAGGACAGCGUCCCUCCCUCCCCCCACUUCUACAGCGGGGCCCCUCGGGACGCGGGCUUCUGUCCCGUACCCGCUGCCUUGCGCCAGGGCCCGAUGCCCUACUCCGGCAGGGAGCCACGGAAGGUCGUGCUCCACAAGGGCUCCACGGGGCUGGGCUUCAACAUCGUCGGGGGGGAGGACGGCGAGGGGAUCUUCGUCUCCUUCAUCCUGGCGGGGGGCCCGGCCGACCUGAGCGGAGAGCUGAGGAGGGGGGACCGCAUCCUUUCGGUGAAUGGUGUGAACCUGCGGAAUGCCACACACGAGCAGGCCGCCGCCGCGCUCAAGAGGGCGGGACAGACGGUCACCAUCAUCGCCCAGUUCCGACCAGAAGAGUACAGCCGCUUCGAGUCCAAGAUCCACGACCUGCGGGAGCAGAUGAUGAACAGCAGCAUGAGCUCGGGCUCCGGCUCCCUGCGCACCAGUGAGAAGCGCUCGCUCUACGUCAGGGCUCUGUUUGACUACGACCGCACCCGGGACAGCUGCCUGCCCAGCCAGGGCCUCAGCUUCUCGUACGGGGACAUCCUGCACGUCAUCAACGCCUCCGACGACGAGUGGUGGCAGGCCAGGCUGGUCACGCCCCACGGGGAGAGCGAGCAGAUCGGGGUGAUUCCCAGCAAGAAGAGAGUGGAGAAGAAAGAGCGCGCCAGGUUAAAAACGGUCAAGUUCCAUGCCAGGACGGGCAUGAUCGAGUCCAACAGGUCAGUCAAAGUAAAGCGUAAAAAGAGCUUCAACCUCUCGCGCAAGUUCCCGUUUUACAAGAGCAAGGAGAAUAUUGUGGAGUGUGUGGAGACUGAACAAUGCUUGACGUCCAACACGAGCGACAGCGAAAGCAGCUCCAAAGGGCAGGAAGACACGAUCCUGUCCUACGAGCCCGUGAUUCGACAGGAGAUUCAUUACACAAGACCUGUGAUCAUCCUGGGACCCAUGAAGGACAGAGUAAACGAUGACCUCAUCUCAGAGUUCCCUCACAAGUUUGGGUCUUGUGUACCACACACCACCCGGCCCAGGCGGGAGAACGAGAUGGACGGCCAGGACUACCACUUUGUGGCCUCGCGAGAGCAGAUGGAGAAGGACAUUCAGGAUAACAAGUUCAUCGAGGCCGGCCAGUUCAACGAGAACCUCUACGGGACCAGCGUCCUGUCCGUCCGAGCUGUGGCAGAGAGGGGUAAACACUGUAUCCUGGAUGUGUCCGGGAAUGCCAUAAAGCGAUUGCAGCAAGCACAACUCUACCCAAUCGCCAUUUUCAUCAAGCCAAAAUCCAUCGAAGCCCUAAUGGAAUUGAACAAGAGGCAGACAUACGAGCAAGCCAAUAAAGUCUUCGACAAGGCAAUGAAGCUGGAACAGGAGUUUGGCGAGUAUUUCACAGCAAUUGUACAGGGUGACUCGCUAGAGGAGCUCUACAGCAAAAUCAAGCUGAUCAUUGAAGAACAGUCGGGACCGUACAUCUGGAUCCCCUCCCCAGAGAAGCUCUGAGCAUCCUGUACCCUGCGGCCAUGAGGAGUUCCCCCCCCAAUCCCUCCCUUUUUACAGAUAUGUUUCAUAUCCAGUUUUAUUGUCAUCAUUCUGUUAACUCUCAAAUGAAAGUCUUAUCACCAUUUCUGUGACUGUGCACACCCCUGCAUGAGUUUCUCAACAAAAAUCCAUUCAAGACUGGAAAAAAAUGUCAUUCCAAGUGAAUUUUUAUCAUUUAAAACAAACAAAAAAAGGGAAAAAAAAACAAAAUGAAUCAGUUCAUGACAGCGGAUGGAUGGCGAAGAUCAGAAUGUCUUAAAAAGGCGCUGAAGUGGGAUUUGAGAAUUUGGGAUUUGCAGGGGGAGGAGACAAAACAGUACAAGCUGGAACUAUUUGUAAAUGUUUAUAAACGUGUGCAUUAAAGACAUGGAAGAUGAGAA